AUGGCUACAGAUGAUAUGUACGAGCUAGAUUACGAUGAGGAGCCGGUAAUAGAACAAACUACGAGGAACUCUGCAGCGCAGUCGGCGGGAGCAGGAGAUGGUAGAAUCACGGAGAAGAUCUUUGGAAUUGCACGUCGUCCCGUUCCUCAGCUGUCGCAGGAGGACAUCGAUUGCCUCUACCGCGAGUUGCGAGUCACUAAAGAGAGUCACAACGUGCGCGUGGUGUUUGUGAAAGGGACGGACGACAUGACUCGAUUCGCCGUGGAAAAGAUUUUUGCCGAAUAUCAUCCAUGUCGAGUAGAGAUUGUGGACAAGUCAUCAUGUUUAGUCAGUUUUGCCAGCCGAGCGGAUUGUGUACGGAUGAUGAUUGGAAUGACAAAACCUCUUCGACGUUUUCGUGCCACAAGGGCAGCGGAAGAUGGUGAAUUGACGGAUUCGGACGGGGAAGAGGAAGAGGGACAGAUUAAACAGGAGAAAGGCGACGAUGUGGCGUUAGUUGCUCACAGUGGAUUCACUGGACCAAGGGACCUAAAAUCAAGCAGAAAUAUUAGCAUUGUAGCUGUACUGUCGCAGGAGGACAUCGAUUGCCUCUACCGCGAGUUGCGAGUCACUAAAGAGAGUCACAACGUGCGCGUGGUGUUUGUGAAAGGGACGGACGACAUGACUCGAUUCGCCGUGGAAAAGAUUUUUGCCGAAUAUCAUCCAUGUCGAGUAGAGAUUGUGGACAAGUCAUCAUGUUUAGUCAGUUUUGCCAGCCGAGCGGAUUGUGUACGGAUGAUGAUUGGAAUGACAAAACCUCUUCGACGUUUUCGUGCCACAAGGACAGCGGAAGAUGGUGAAUUGACGGAUUCGGACGGGGAAGAGGAAGAGGGACAGAUUAAACAGGAGAAAGGCGACGAUGUGGCGUUAGUUGCUCACAGCGGAGAUGCACCAAAACGAAUACGUGAGGACGUCGUUGAGGUGGACGUGGAUGCCAUUGAUAUACCUCAUGGGAGAUGGAGAGUUGUUACAUCACACGUGCCAGAACGUCGUUUUAUGAUUGCUAAAUUUGCUACGAACGCGGAAAUUACCGAAGCGAGAAAAAUCAUAGCAAUCACAGAAGAUGAUUUGAGCCGGAAACGAAAAAAGGAAGUGGAUGAUCAGGGAUUCACAUACACAUGGUCAACGGAGCAGAAGGUUCGACCUGGUCUGAAUGUAUUCGAUGAGAAAGGGAAUGAACUCGAGUGGGAUUAUGAGCAUGACACGAGAUUCUACGAGGAUCCAAAUGUCGCUUCGGAGAAAGAUGAAAGUAAACCAGCUGAAGCAGAUGCAGGAGCACCUCAGGCUAGAGUUGUCAAGGGACGUGGAGCCAAGAAAGGUUCAUUGCUGUUCAAUGGAAUCGGUAACACUCUCGCUUCAGAUGACCUGGAUAAUUCCGCUUUGAAGCGACGUCGAAUAGCUGCACGGCUCACUGCGGCCGAAGAUAUGGAGGAGGAUGAAAGCGAUGAGGAUGAAUGGCGACGAGAACCGUCAUCUCCUACGCCGCAACCAUGGGAUCGGCCAAAAGGUCGUCUUGCUAACCGAGUUACUCGACAAUGA